UACUUUCAUGGUAUAGGUAAUAAGCAUAUAUAGUUCCUCUUGCAGGAUCAUGAGGUAGCAACAUCCUUGCAAAACCAACAGCAUAAAGUGCGUUUUUCAGAAUCUGUGCAAAGGGGAUCUGUAAUUUUUCCACUGUCUGGAAUCGCCUUUUUGUUGGCAAAUGCUCAGGAGCUAUUUGAGACACCUAGUGAAAUGGUAUAUGAUAGAAUACAGCAGUUUAUAUCUGUUCAUCGAAACAGCUUCUUGGUAAUAGUGGCAGCUCUCCAUGGACCAGAGGAAUGGGACCUAAUGUUCAGCAUUCAGCUGAGAUUCCUUGGAAGUAAUUUGCGAAUCGUUCCCGCGCACAAUAAUGCAGAUGUUGUUAAAAGCAUGUUAACAGUGGUCAAAGCCACAUGUAAACCUCAUAGUGAAAACAUUUUGGACAGGCUUCUGCAGGCUAAAAUGCAUAUUGUGGAAAACAGCCCAGCAUGGAAAACACUUAACCAGAUGUGAUACUACGGCUCUUCGAAAGUGCGUCAUUCAUUGCCCGCUGUAAUUGCAUAUAAUUUGUUUAAAUGCAUGUUUGAUUCAUUUAUUUGUUGUUAACGUGCCCAUGUUAUGUCAGGUUUAGAUCAGCAACACAAUUCCUGUAGCAUUCACCGUUAGCUUUGCUAAAGGUCAAAAAACACUGUAUCUACCUUUAUGUAGCUAUAUAGUAACUUCAGUGUGAUCGUUUUAUUUAAAAAUUGCACAAUAGAAAAUGUGUCUUUCUGCAGCCUGAGCUGCCAUUAUGUGGCGCUAGACAAAUGGGAAAUUUAUGGUUCUGCAUUUUCCAUGGGAGUUGCCUCACAAGUGAUAUUUCCAGAUGCGUCUCAAAUAAUCCAGGUUGUGUUAUUACAAUGUCAUUUAGUAGAACCCUGUUACCAACUUAAAAAUUUGCAGAGGUGACAACACUGAAAAACCUUUAAAAAUGCUUACUUGCAGUAUUUUUUUCAGAACAUUUUUUCUACCUGCAAUGUGUCUUUGAACUUGGUAGCAAAUGCUCCUAAUCCAGAAAGAGUCAACUCUCUAGCACAGCCUCGUCACUUCUUGGACAUCAUAGUCCCCUCCUAUUCUGGGAGUAUCAAAUGAGGCCCCUUUCACACUGGAGUGGUUUGCAGGCGCUAUUGCGCUAAAAAUAGCGCCUGCAAACCAACUCUAAACAACAGCGGCUGCCGUUUCUCCAGUGUGAAAGCUAGAGGGCGUUUUAACACUAGAGCGGUGUGCUAGCAGAACUGCUCCAAAAGUCCUGCUAGCAGCAUCUUUGGAGUUGUGUUUUUACCGCUAUUCCACUGCUCCUUCCCAUUGAAAGCAUUUGGCCCCUAGCAGGGGUUAGAACCGCACUGCUAGCAGCCGAAUACCACUGCAAUGCCAACGGUAUAGCGCCACUGCACCUCCCACCACAGUGUGAAAGGGGGCCUUAGUCUUUGCUGACCCAGCUCCUCCAUCCCUCAUCCAGCUCACCUAAUGUAGCUGCCAGAGAAAAAAAACAAAAGGGGGAAUACCAUGGAGUAUCAUUUGAUGACAGUUCUGCACAUAUUUUAUGGGAAGUUUACUGAAAAAAUGAUGGCGAUAGGUUCUCUUUAAAUCUUAAUACAGCCAAUCAUUACUACUGUGGGGUUUGUUUUUUUUUGCUUUGAAUUGGUAUAUUUCCUUGUAUGUAACAUUUAUGAAUAACGUUUGAUUUUAGAUGAAUCUUGCAUAA